GCGCUGCCAGUCUCGGGCGGCGGCGUCCGGCGCGCGGUUGGCCUGCAGGGCGGGCUGAGGGGCAGCGGCUCGCGGGCUAGGCGGAGAGAGACAGAGCAGACGAACAACCGCGGCGACAGGUCACGGCUCCCGUCCGCGGCCCCCGACUCGCCCGAGGCCCGGCGCCCGUGACCGCGGCAGCCCGGAGCAGACGGCGGGACCGGCGGAGAGCCGGGAGGCGCGUGAACAGCAGCUGCCGCGGGCGGGAGAGAAACUUCGCUUUCCGGGGCCCGGGCGGCGGGAGAAGUGGAGCCGGGGUGAGCCGUGCACCGGGACGCCGCGGGCGCGAUGGAGCCGCGCUCACCUGGCGGGCCAGCCGAGAGUGAGGAUAACGGAGCGUCCCGUCGCCGCCGUCCUGGCUUUCGGUUUGCGCUCCCCGGGCGGUGGGUGUGGAUGCGCGUUCACCGUCUUCACCUGCCGCCCAGGGACCAGUGACUGGGAACAGCAUCCCCGCUCUCGGCCGCUCGUAGAGGGUGCGGGUGCGGCGGCGUUCUAACAGAACAGUUGCAAGACCAGUACGAGGAACUUCCAGAUUCACCAACUGUUGGUGUAUACAUUUGUUCACAUUUACCCAGCUGAAUACUUAAGAUCCGUGCAUUUUAUGGCAUAAUAGGCAUAAUGAGAACACAGACCUGGAAGUCAGAGUGGUUCUUACAGGAGAAACAGGAAAAAUGGAGCAAAGACUAGGUCUGUCUUGUUCACGGUUAUGGCAGUAUCAUCAGGCACAAUGCCUGGCAUAUAUUUCACAUAAGAAGACAUUGCCUAAUCCAAGGUUGUCUACUUAUAAAAGACAAUGACUACUGAUGAAGCUGCCAAGAACAAUGGAGAAAGCCCCGCAGCAGCUGUUGCUGAACAGGGAGAGGAUAUUACCUCCAAAAAAGAUAGAGGAGUAUUAAAGAUUGUCAAAAGAGUGGGGAAUAGUGAGGAAACCCCGAUGAUUGGAGACAAAGUUUAUGUCCAUUACAAAGGAAAAUUGUCAAAUGGAAAGAAGUUUGAUUCCAGUCAUGAUCGAAAUGAACCAUUUGUCUUUAGUCUUGGCAAAGGCCAAGUUAUCAAGGCAUGGGACAUUGGGGUGGCUACCAUGAAGAAAGGAGAGAUCUGUCAUUUACUGUGCAAACCAGAAUAUGCAUAUGGCUCGGCUGGCAGUCUCCCCAAAAUUCCCUCGAAUGCAACUCUCUUUUUUGAGAUUGAGCUUCUUGAUUUCAAAGGAGAGGAUUUAUUUGAAGAUGGAGGUAUUAUCCGAAGGAUCAAACGGAAAGGAGAAGGGUAUUCAAACCCAAACGAAGGAGCGACAGUAGAAAUCCACCUGGAAGGCCGCUGUGGUGGAAGGAUGUUUGAUUGCAGAGAUGUGGGGUUCAUAGUUGGCGAAGGAGAAGACCACGACAUUCCAAUCGGAAUUGACAAAGCCCUGGAGAAAAUGCAGCGUGAGGAACAAUGUAUUUUGUAUCUUGGACCACGAUAUGGUUUUGGAGAGGCAGGGAAGCCUGAAUUUGGCAUUGAACCUAAUGCUGAGCUUAUAUAUGAAGUUACACUUAAGAGCUUCGAAAAGGCCAAAGAAUCCUGGGAGAUGGAUACCAAAGAAAAAUUGGAGCAGGCUGCCAUUGUCAAAGAGAAGGGAACUGUGUACUUCAAGGGAGGCAAGUACAUGCAGGCGGUGAUUCAGUAUGGGAAGAUAGUGUCCUGGUUAGAGAUGGAAUAUGGCUUAUCAGAAAAGGAAUCGAAAGCUUCUGAAUCAUUUCUGCUCGCUGCCUUCCUGAACCUGGCCAUGUGCUACCUGAAGCUUAGAGAAUACACCAAAGCCGUGGAAUGCUGUGACAAGGCCCUUGGACUGGACAGUGCCAAUGAGAAGGGCUUGUACAGGAGGGGUGAAGCCCAGCUGCUCAUGAAUGAGUUUGAGUCAGCCAAGGGCGACUUUGAGAAAGUGCUGGAAGUAAACCCCCAGAAUAAGGCCGCGAGACUGCAGAUCUCCAUGUGCCAGAAAAAGGCUAAGGAGCACAAUGAGCGGGACCGCAGGAUAUAUGCCAACAUGUUCAAGAAGUUUGCAGAGCAGGAUGCAAAGGAAGAGGCCAGUAAAGCAAUGGGCAAGAAGACUUUAGAAGGGGUCACCAAUGAAAAAGAAACAGCAAGUCAGUCGAUGGAAGAGGAGAAAGCCGAAGGCCAUGUAUGACACCACGCCAAGGAGGGAAGAGUCCUAAGGAACUCGGCCCCUCCUCCAUGGGCUUUCACCCAACUCAGGACUAAACAGUGUUUAAUGUAAAGUUUGUUAUAGUCUAUGUGAUUCUGGAAGCAAAUGGCAAAACCAGUAGCUUCCCAAAAAACCACCACCCUGCUGCUGCCCAGAGCUCUCAUCGAGGGGGUGGCAUGGGACCACUCCAGGUGGAACAAAGCAGUGACUGUUGGUGUGGAGAGAUUGAGCCAACAGCUUAAGUCCAGCUCAUUUCAGUUUAUGUCAACUUGCAAUAUCCAGUUCAGGGUCUCUUGAGAUCAUCCUAACAAUUGGGGGCUGGCUGUUAGGUUUUCCAUUUGACUGAACUUUAAUAGCACUGCAGAAACCUAGAAAUAAAUGCUUAAUGAGUUUCUUCUUUCCUACAGUUGGGCAGGGGAGAGUUGGGGGAGGUUUUGUUUUUCAAAUGACUGAAGUGCUGUGAAUGCAUGCUGUUGCAUUUUUAACCAACAGAACCCAAAGGAGAGGGGCCGGGUCCCCCCUCAGAUCCCCAGCAGCAUCACCGACCUGGAAGCCAGAAUCUCAGAGGCCUCUCGCUUGCUGACUUGGCUGCCUCCCAGACCCCCUCCUUAGUAAAGCAGCCUCCUUGUGAGAGCAGGCUUCUGCCCCGCCAGCCUGUCCCCCCGGAGGAGGAGCCCUGUCAUUCCUGAAAUACUCAAUGCUAAUGAGCAGAGGGAAUUUCUGGAUUAGCUUUCCCUGUUUUGGAUGAAGUUCUGAGAUGCUGAAAUGUGAAUAGAACUAUCAGAAUUGUGCUUUUUCUUCCCUCCUCUAUCCUUUUAGGAAAGAAUGUUGAAUCCAGUACUGCCUGCUCGCGUUGCUACCAUUCAGUUUCUUACUUCCAUUCUAACCCUUGCUAUCAAGAAUUUCAGGCUGCUUCUUAUAAUAUCUGGAGUGAGUGAGUUUAUUUACGUAUCUGUCUAGGAUCCAUGCAGCCUUUUUGUUGUCUUUUUAAAAUUGCUGUCUCAUAAACACAUGUAUACUGAUUUAUGGAAGUUUAUUUACUCUCUCCUCUAUCAUGUUAAAAAAAUUUUUUUGACUUUUUACUAUUAAGUAGCUUAAUUUUUAAAAACAAAAUCUGUGGGGUUGAAAAAAGUCAUCGCUCUUCUAUGUUAAGCAUUUUCCUUUCAGGUUUGACAUAUAGUAGCUUUCUUUUCCUGCGCUGAUAGCUGCUUUGUUCUGGUGUGAGUUGUGAAAAAGAGUUGAAAACAGCUUCCCAUGCAGGUACAUCUAGCCUAAAAUCUCCAGUACUUGGGCAUUGAAUUAGGGCAAGUCUUAAAUAUGUACAUGUAGUUGAAUUUUAGUCCUUACGGGUAAGCGAGAUUAAGCAUGGCUUUCUGGUCCCACAGCCUAAGAAAUAAGAAACACUCAUGGGAAUGCAUUUGGCAACCCAAGAAAAUAUUUGCUUCAACCUGGAACAUCUCACUUUUUUAAAUCCUAAAGAACACUGGCAAUUGUAUUUUAGAUUAAUUUUUAUUUUUAUAGUGGUUUUAACAAAACACUUAUUGUUAGGUUAGGUCCCAUGUUAAAACCUAAAGUCAUUUCCUUUUAUAUCAGUUUUUGUCUCCAUGGAACAAAUGGAAUUGUUUCUCCCUUAAUGAUAACUAAAAUCCUUUUAAUUUCUCAUUUACACGUUAGUCUUUUUUCAUGAGUUAUUUCUUUUUUUAAAGAAAUCUCACCUAGGGAAUAUAAAAGCAAAAGUUGAUUUUGCUUAUCCACUUAACUGUUUAGUAUUUGUAGCUCUGUUGACUAGAGCAUGACUCCAGUGAGGCUAAGGUUAAAAUUAGAUCCUAAAAAGUCCAGUUAGAAAAAACUGUUCCAAAAAUCAGAUUAUUAUCUUAGCCCACUGUCUCGUCUGUUAUGAGUCAUGUGAACAGGCGAGGAGAGAGAGGAGAAGGCUGGGCAAGUGGUUUGGAGCAAAUGAUUAUGAGGUGCCCAUCACCACUCAAGAGAAAGAAACUUCACAUAUUCUUGUAUCAAAUUCAAUAAUUUUAAACAAUUUGUCUAGAAGUCAGCAGAUGUCUUUGAACCAUCUCUUAGACUGCAUUUGGAGUGGUGAGGCAGCAUACGGUGAAUUAAAAACAAAUUGGUUUUUUAAAAAAAAGUAUUCAGAUGCACUUUUAUGGUGUUCCUUAAAUAAAUUAAGAAAAACAGAUGA